AUGGACGGACCUGCCAUGGUGACUCAAUGCAACAUUCCCACUGGCGCUUCCAUCACAUACAACUUCACAGCCGACCAAGUUGGGACUUAUUGGUAUCACUCUCACACAAGAUCUCAAUACCCCGAUGGUCUACGCCAAGCCCUCAUCAUCCAAGAUCCCAAGAAUCCCUACGCGGAUGAAUACUAUGAAGAGCGCGUCAUCUCGCUCUCCGAUUGGUAUCACGACGAAAUGCCUGUUCUCAUGAAACAAUUCAUUUCCUACAAGAACCCCACCGGCGCAGAGCCCGUUCCAAACUCAGCACUCAUGAACGACACGCAGAACAUGACUCUUCCCGUUGAGCCUGGCAAAACCUAUCUCUUACGGUUGGUAAAUGCCGGUGCUUUUGCGUCCCAGUACUUCUGGAUUGAGGGGCAUACUAUGAAGAUCGUUGAAGUUGACGGCGUUUGGACCAAGCCCGCUGAGACGGAAAUGAUUUAUAUCGCUAGUGCUCAGCGGUACUCGGUUUUGGUUACGAUGAAGAAUGAGACUGGGGCGAAUUAUCCCAUGAUGGCCAGUAUGGAUACGAGUUUGUUUGACUCUAUUCCUGAUGGCCUGAACUGGAAUGUCACAGGCUGGCUUGAGUACGAUUCAGACAAGAAACUUCCUCAAGCUGCUGUCUUGAACGACUUUGAACCUUACGAUGACUUCAACCUUGUUCCCACAGACGGCGAGAAGUUUGCCUUCUUCAACGACAUCUCCUACGUGUCCCCCAAAGUCCCAACAUUGUACACCGUUCUCUCCGCCGGCCAAAAUGCUACUAAUCCAACCGUUUACGGAACCGACACAAAUUCCUUCGUCCUCAAACACGGCGAGAUUGUAGAAAUCAUCCUCAACAACGAUGAUUCCGGCAGACAUCCCUUCCAUCUGCACGGUCAAAACUUCCAAGUCGUUCAUCGCAGUGAAGAAAACGCAGGCCACUACAACGCAUCAUGGACAAAUAUCACUUACCCAUCUGUCCCAAUGCGAAGAGAUACACUCAUAGUGUAUCCACAGGGAAACUUUGUUAUUCGCUUCCCAGCUACGAAUCCAGGUGUCUGGCUCUUCCACUGCCAUAUCGAAUGGCAUAUGGACACUGGUCUUAUGGCAACGAUGAUUAUGGCACCGCUUGAGAUGCAAAAGACUUUGACGAUUCCCCAGGAAUUUAAGCAGAUUUGUGCGGAUCAGGGGAUUUCGACUGUUGGUAAUGCAGCUGGCAAUACUGAGGACUAUCUGGACUUGACUGGGCAGAAUUUGAUGGUGCCUGCUCUGCCCGCUGGGUUUACCACGAAAGGUUACGUCGCUAUGGUGUUUAGUUGUGUGGCGGGUGUCCUUGGGCUUGCCUCGAUUACUCUGUAUGGCUCUGCACCGAUUGCAGCUAAGUAA